AUGUUAACUCACGAAGGUUUGUUGUUUUUGAGAUUAUCAGUUUUGGGUUUAUGGAUAAGGUAAAGAGAUUGGUGUUCAUAGUUAACAUAAGGCUCGAGAAGACGUGUAAUGAUUUGAAACAGCUCAUACAUGCUCGUAUUGGUCCAUUUGAAGCAUUUAUUCCUAAAUGAAUUGUUUUUUAAGCUUGAAAUUUGAGAUUUCCGUAGGGUUCACCUAAACCAAUGUCGAAACUGCUGAAAACUGCAAGAAAUCUGUUUGGAAUCGCCGUAAUAUUACGUCAACUUUCAGAACCGAACUUGUUGUUGUCAACGGAGUUUCCCUAUACGGGGACGGCGGGGUUGCCAUUGGUCGACUGUGAGCCAAAUAAAGGGCGGAAAUGUGUGAAGGAAGGCGCGCUGAGGACGCAUCGAAUCCUGAAUAAAGACGAAUUUGACAAUCAGAAGAGUGCCAAGUGGCGCGAGCUCGAGGUCCAUGGUAAGAUUAUUUGUUUGUUUUGUCUUUUUUUAGGGGAAUUAUGUUGCGCUAUACGAUUUGAUGGAUUUGACGAAAAAUUGAAUAAUUCGUUGAGGCCAUAGGGUGAUUUUGGUGUUAUUUGGCUGCCUCGUUGUACUGGGGAGCUAGCACAAUUUCUUCCGAGGUUGUUUUUGAGUUUUGUUGCGAUUUUUAUCAUGUGUCUAGUGUAAUAUCGACAGUGCUGUCCUGUUUAAACUAUUAGUUAACUAAUGGUUUGAAAAUUAAACCCAAUGCUUUCUUAUUGAAUUAUCUUGCAAAUUAAACCCGUUUGCAGGAUGUGUUCGAGUUUUGAGUCCGGCAAUCUUCGCCAUGAAGAAUUUGACCUCCUUGUUUUUGAGUCACAAUUAUUUGGAGUCCAUUCCUCCGGAAAUUUGCCAUCUCACAGGGUUGACGAUUCUGGAUGUCUCCUACAACAGACUGCGCAGUCUACCAGCGGAAUUGGGCAAUAUGUCGGCGCUUUUACAUUUGAAUUUGCGAUCAAACAAUUUGACCCAUCUUCCAGCGGAAAUUGGGAAAUUAUUCAAACUAAAAAGCAUUGGUAAGUUGAUUAUCAUUGAGGUUAUUGUAUUUUUAGCCAUUUUGGAGAAUCCCUUGCCAGAAAUUUUGCUGGAGAAUGCAACCGGGACCAAUUGUACCAAACGGAUCUUGCAGAUUCUUUUGGAUGAGCUUGCAUGUAGGUUUUUAUAACUUUUUUUAUCGAUUUCUUGGUUUAGUGAGCACCCCUCCUCCACCAAAACGGGCAUGGAUCUCGUUGCCGCAGGAUCGAACAGACAAACCUGUCGGUAAGAAAAUUAUGGUCGUUUAUAAGAUGGUACGAUCAAAAACUGAUUUUAAAAUACGUAGUGUCGAAUUUUGUUUGUUGUUUGGUUUAUGGCUUUUUAUGGCUUCAGUGACAUGCUUUAGCAGAGUCUAAUAUAAAAUAUUGAUUUAUGAGUUUUUUUUGAAAAUUCGGAAACUUAUUUGAUUUUUGGGGGCUGUAAAAUACAGAAUGGACGGUUAUUUUACUCCAUUGGGAGUUGCUCAAAAUGUUUCGAAUUCCAUUUUACUUUCGCUGAAUCAAGACGACACUGUUUUGUAAAAUACGAGAAAUUGAAAUGAGUUCAAUUUUCAUUUAUUUUGCAAUCUGUUUCCACGCUUUAACACGUCAAAACUUCCACUACUUUAUUUUUUCUUCAAAUCCUGUAAAAAUUUUGGGCUCAGCCGGUGAUCGAAACCGGGGCCUCUCGCACCCAAAGCGAGAAUCAUACCACUAGACCACUGAGCCGCGCUUUCUUCGCCGCGCACACGAGAUGUCGCUUUAGGGGGAUAGAGGUAAAAGAGGAUGUCUGGAAGCGAAAGUUGUGUUCGUCUUUCUCUGUUCGCUUCCUGAAACCCUUUUUUAUCUUUAUCCCCUAAAGCGACAUCUCUUGUGCGCGGUGAAGAAAGCGCGGCUCAGUGGUCUAGUGGUAUGAUUCUCGCUUUGGGUGCGAGAGGCCCCGGUUUCGAUCACCGGCUGAGCCCAAAAUUUUUGCAGGAUUUGAAGAAAAAAUAAUGUAGUGGAAAUUUUGCCGUGUUAAAGCGCGGAAACUGAUUGCAAAAUGAAAAUAGAACUCAUCUCAAUUGCUCGUAUUUUACAAAACUGUCGUUUUGUUUCAGCGAAUGUAAAGGAAUUGGACAAAAAAUUGAGCCAAGUUCGAGUCCCAGUGGAAAAUAGUUAGCAAUUUGGCUUAGCCGAAUUUGAGAGAAAAAAAUAAAAUAUGGCUUGAAAAAUUUGAGAUAUUGCAUUUUCAGCCCAAUUUUCGGUCCUCUGCUACAACGUUCUGUGCGACAAAUAUGCCACAAACAACAUGUAUUCGUACUGCCCGAGGUGGGCUCUUCAUUGGGAAUACAGAAAACACAUCAUUCUGAAGGAGAUUGUCAACUUUGAUGCCGACUUAAUUUCGCUUCAGGAAGUGGAAUCGGAACAGUAUCAGAAUAUGUUCGAAGGAGGUCUGAAACAGCAUGGAUAUGAAGGUGUUUUUGCCGCAAAAACGAGAGCAAGAACGAUGAAAAAUGAGGAUCGCCGCCAUGUGGACGGAUGCGCGUUGUUUUGGAAGAAAAAGAAGUAAGUGAAAAUUAAAGAAAUUUGGUUUUCGGAGGAUUGGAAUGCUUGAAUAAGGUAUAAAUUGAAAGUUGUAGUAAUUUCUGAGGAUUUCGAAAUUUGUGCCAUAUGGCGCGAUUGGUAGUGAGUUGGCCUUGGACUCAAAACAUCUCAGGUUCGAAUCCCACUAGAAGAAAUUUUAGAUUUUGAAGAGAAAAUGGUUUUAUUAUGUUGAAGAGACUUCAAGCAGCUGAAUAGAAGGUAAAAAGUGGAUGAAACAGCGAGAAAGUUUUUCCUUUUUGCGUCGACUAAUUUUCUCGCUUCGGGUUUUUGAAAUCCACGGAGAAAUCCCCGAAAAUCCGCGAACGGAGAAGCGCGGCUCAGUGGUCUAGUGGUAUGAUUCUCGCUUUGGGUGCGAGAGGCCCCGGUUUCGAUCACCGGCUGAGCCCAAAUUUUUUUUGAGGUGUCUUGAAGCUAAAAUAAGGUCGGAAACAAAGAUUUUUUUCGGAUUUUGGAAGAAAAAUGAGUGUCAGAUUAAUUCAGAAUUUUUGAGAACAAAUUUUGAAAAAAAAAUUUUUGGCGAGGUUAAAGUUUCAAAAAAAAAUUUUUUUUGAAUUCUGCAGAAAAAAGAGGGCAUGAGGCUAAACAAAAACUUAUCUCACAAUUUUCAGGUUUCGCCUGACCCACAAACACGUCGUUGAGUUCACUCAAGUCGCCAUCCACAAAGCCCACGACUCGGAACAUGUGAUCGAUCGGGUGAUGCCCAAGGAUAAUAUCGCCCAAGUCGCCGUCCUAGACGUCCUCCCCGACCUCUACGUUCAAGAGUCGGCCCCGCCGAAAUACGCGACAGGACAGAAGCAAGCGCCCGCGAAACCGGAGACCAUCGACCGGACGGAUCGCCUUCUCGGCUCGCCUCUCUUGUUUUGCUGCGCACACAUCCAUUGGGACCCUGAAUUUUGCGAUGUGAAGCUGAUCCAGUCGAUGAUGCUUCUACAUGAAUGUGCGAAACAGCUGGAGAGGUUGUCGGAACAGACUGGAAUUGCAGUACAGGUAAAAGAUGGAAUUUUUUGGGGUUUGGAGGCAAUUUUGGGUAAUAAUUGGAAAUUUUGGCAAAUUUUUGGGAGUUUUUUCUUGAUUUAAGGUUGUAAUGGGAUAUAAAAAGAAAAAGGGUCUAUUACCCAAAAAAAGCUUUGAGGUAAAAAAUUUUGGAUUUUUUUUUGAAGAAAAUUGAUAACAAUUUCAAAGUUUUGAUGAUUUUUUGAAAUUGGGGAGGUUUUUAUAAGAUUUUCAUUGUAUUUUUCCUGCUAAUAGCUGUAUUUUUACCUGUAUUCGCUUUCCCGAACUUGAGAAUAAAAGAAUUGAAAGACUUUCCUGACAUUUUUUUCUAGGGGGAUUCGAACCUGCAACUUUUUUGCCCGAAACCAAAAUCACAGCCAAUAUGCUAUUGAAACACAUAGUUUUAGGAUUUUCAAAGUUCCAAACUGACUUACCGAACAUUUUCAGGAGAUCCCAGUGAUCAUCAGCGGUGACUUCAACUCCCUUCCGGACUCCGGCGUAGUGGAAUUCCUGACCAGAGGAAUCAUAAACAAAAAUCAUCCGGAACUGAAAAUGUUCCGCGACUCGAUGGUCUUGAAUGGAAUGUGUACCAAUGAGUACGGAGACACCAGUUACACCCAUGCGUUCCAACUGGAACAAGCCGUCCCACAAGAAUAUGUUCCACAUACCAAUUAUACGUAUGUUUUUGGGAUUUUUUGUGGAGGUUUGGCCUGCAAAUGUUGUAAAUUAAGCUUUUUCGUUAUUUUUGGGUUAUCUGAGUAGUUUGAGACCGGCUUUGAAUGGAUUUAGCGGGUUGGGGCAGAAUGCCAAAAUUCACGGUUUCGUGGUGGGACAAACUAAAGGUUAAUUUCUUUUGCAGGUUGGUAAAAUACGUGAUCAUAUCCGUUCUACAUCUUUUUGAAUGAUUUUGGGUGGCUUAAACAGAAUGCCAAAAUUCAGGGGUUCGUCGUAGGACUUGAAGAAAUGGUUUGAAAUGUAGAAGUGGCAGUGUAAAGACGUGUUCUCAAGGGUUGGUUUACAUUUCGGGUUGUUUAGAGUCUUGUUGCACAAUGCCAAAAUGCAGGAACUCUGUCUCGGACUCUAAAAUAAGGCGUUUUAAAAAUUUCCCGAAGAAAUUCGGAGCAACUACAGUGGCGGACGUGGUCCAGUGGAGAAAACGUGCCAUUUUGCAUCCGGGAAGUAUCAAGAACGCUUCAAAACACUCCCUCUCCAAGUGAAAAGGCUCCAAUUUCAAAAGCGCGCCCGUUUUUUGUGAGGGAAGGAUUUUUUCAAAAUUGUGUUUUUUUGGAGAGGGAGGUAUUUUGCGGCGUUUUUGAUACUAGUCGCGGAAAAAAGUCCUGGGAUUUUCUCGCGCCCCCCAAAUUCCAUCGCGCUCCGAAAAGUUGAUUUGUCGCGGGAAUCGCGCGCGACAAUAAGCCAAAAUCAACAAAAUUGCACUGUGCAAAUGCACUUUUCGGGUUCAUGCACAGUGCAGAGUCGCAGAAAAAUCCCAGGACUUUUUUCCGCGACUAGUACUUCCUGGGUGCGAAAUGGUACGUUUUUUGUGACUGGAACAGGUCCGCCACUGUAGUUGUCUCGAAGUUCAUCGGAAUAGAAAAGUCUUAUUUUAGGGUUCGAAAACGAGUUCUUGCAUUUUGGCAUUGUGCAACAAGAAUCUAAACAACCCAAAAUGGAGUCCAAACCUUCAGAACACGUGUUUACGCAGCUAUUUCCUAUUUUUGAACCAUUUCUUCGAGUCCUACGACGAACCCCUGAAUUUUGGCAUUCUGUUUAAAACACCCAAAAGUAUUGAAAAAUUUGAGGGAUGAAUUGUAGCACAUGUUUUAGCCACCUGCAGAUGAAAUUACAGCGAUCAUUAAUUUGUCCAACCACGAAACCCUGAAUUUUGGCAUUCCGUUUAAACGAAACCGUUAAUUUUGGCAUUCUGCACCAAGUUUAUGAAACUGAUUUUCAAUUCCUUUUAGGCACGACUUCAAGGGCAUGAUUGACUACAUAUUCAGCAGCAACCGCUCCCUACAUCGCGACGGAUUCCUCGCCGGAAUCGAUCAGGAUUGGCUCCACGAGAACCGGGUUACCGGCUUCCCCCAUCCCCACGUCCCAUCGGAUCACAUCCCCCUCUUCACUCAAUACACUCUCAUCCCACCCCAUCAACGCUCUCCGGCCAUCCGCUAUCCCCGCUUCCGUCGUCGGACCGCGUCGUUCACCCGCGCCAUGGAGGACUUUGCUAAAGAACGUAAAACCGAAUAA